GCUGAGUUCAGCACCACGGACAGCUCUCAGUGAGGGAAACUCAGUGGCGCUGUCCGUGGUGCUGAAAUCAGCAAAUCAGAUUCACGAAUAAGGAGCAACACAUCAUUCAGUCCUGCAUUUACCAUCAAACAGAAACUUUUUCACCACGUCUAUAUCAGCUGGAGAUCUGGGUAUAAAAGCGGAGCACCUGCCGCAACUGCCGACCACUGACGCAAUUAAGUCAGAUCUUAUUCUGUUUCGUUAUUGUGAUUACUGACCUCUUUGGCUCUGUCACAAACUAAUUAAGGGACAUUCGAAUGUGUGAGAGACUAUUUUAGACGGUAUUUCAGAAUCGACCUAAACCAUGGUGAGUGCAACACCUGCCUGUAGUUACUAGACACCAGUGCCAAACAUUCCUCCUGAAUAUAGGCUCACUUUUUGUCUUUAUAAAUGAACGUUCUCUUCCUGUCACCCGCGGAAUUAAAUUACGCCUAUUAUCCUUCAAAGCAAGUGUUAGGGCGGCUCUUCCCUCCCUGUGUGGAGUCCGUAUUGAUGCGCCGGAGGGGAGCUUUGCGCUCAUAGGGGAGGGACGAACGAAGUGAAGUUCGGAUCAGAUCAGGAAGGUGCGCACCGGCAGAGCGAGACAGACGGCACCAGGGGAGAGACGCACGUUUUCAUGCCAUUACGCAUUAUUUCUUUCGCUCAUUGAUUGAACCGAUAGAGUUCAUUAAGAAGAAAGUGAAGAGGAUCCUCAAGCGACACGGGGGAGAGAUGCAGCCGGCGGCGAGAUGGACUUUGCUGCUUCUUCUCGUGGGGUUGAUAGCGCAAGACUGCUUUUCAUCCAAGGCAGAGGACCGGCUCUUCAGGAAACUGUUCAGAAGAUAUAACCAGUUCAUCAGACCAGUGGAGAAUGUGUCUGACCCCGUCACCGUGGAGUUCGAGGUCUCCAUCUCACAGCUGGUCAAAGUUGAUGAGGUGAAUCAGAUCAUGGAAACAAAUUUAUGGCUCAGACAUAUUUGGAAUGACUACAAGCUGCGAUGGAUGCCGGCGGAGUUUGACGGAAUUGAGUUCAUUAGAGUUCCAUCGAACAAGAUCUGGAGACCCGACAUUGUGCUCUACAACAAUGCUGUAGGUGAUUUUCUGGUGGAGGAUAAGACCAAGGCUCUGCUGAAGUUUGAUGGUACCAUCACCUGGGUUCCUCCAGCCAUUUUUAAAUCUUCUUGCCCCAUGGACAUCACCUAUUUCCCCUUCGACUAUCAGAACUGCUCCAUGAAGUUUGGCUCCUGGACUUAUGACAAAGCCAAGAUUGACCUGGUACUUAUUGGGUCUAAGGUGAACCUGAAAGACUUCUGGGAGAGUGGCGAAUGGGAAAUCAUUGACGCUCCAGGCUACAAGCAUGAUAUCAAAUACAACUGCUGUGAGGAGAUCUACCCAGACAUCACCUACUCCUUCUACAUCCGGCGCCUGCCACUCUUCUACACAAUCAACCUCAUCAUCCCCUGCCUCCUCAUCUCUUUCCUCACAGUGCUGGUUUUCUAUCUCCCGUCUGACUGCGGAGAGAAGGUCACGCUCUGUAUCUCCGUCCUGCUCUCCCUCACUGUGUUCCUGCUCGUUAUCACCGAGACCAUCCCCUCCACGUCGCUGGUCAUCCCGCUCAUUGGAGAGUAUCUGCUCUUCACAAUGAUCUUCGUCACGCUCAGCAUCGUCAUCACUGUGUUCGUGCUAAACGUACACUACCGCACGCCAAUGACCCACACUAUGCCGGAUUGGGUGCGCUCUGUGUUUCUCAGAGUGCUGCCGAGGAUUAUGCUGAUGCGGAGACCGAUUGACGAAGACAGCAAGGCUGGGGGGUUGGACAGCAGUGGGGAGGCAGGAGGAGCUGGAGGGGGAGGAGGAGGCGGAGGAGGGAAAGGAGGGAAAGGAGGGAAAGGAGGGAAGAAAAGAAAGAAUAGCUUGAUGCAGCAGGUGGGAGGAGGCUCCCUCAACUGUCUGGAGUUCGGGGACAGUAAGUUCUCCACUGUGGAGGGCUGCACUGGGAAGAAAGGCCCUUGCCCCUGCCAGAAUGGGAAGGAGACCCCAGAAACACCAGACAUGGGGAAAAUAACACGUCAGCUGAGUCCACAGAGCAUCAACACGGUGGUGGCCUUUUCUGUGGUGUCACCUGAAAUCAAACAGGCCAUUGAGAGUGUCAAGUACAUAGCUGAGAACAUGAGGAGUCGCAACAAGGCCAAAGAGGUGGAGGAUGACUGGAAGUACGUUGCUAUGGUGAUCGAUAGAAUCUUCCUUUGGGUGUUUGUGACUGUGUGCAUCGUGGGUACCGUGGGCCUCUUCCUUCAGCCGCUUUGUGGCUUUGUCUCCUAACUGACAAUCGAUCAGGGUUCACUGUCGCCCUGUGUAGACCAAUCCUGAACAAGGGACUAACUCUCAGUUCUCAGUUGACCAAUCAGAAUACAGAGUUUUAAGUCCUAAAGCACUACUUGAUGUGCUGGUUUAGCUUCUUGCCUAUUGCAGAGAACAGUAAUAUAGAAACAGUGAAGUUGAGAAAAAGGGUUUCAUAUUUUAAGAUUGGCUGGUAAACUGCAUAAAUGAUACAUAAUGCCUUCAUUUUAUGCCACUUAAAAAUGCUUGUUUUACUGUAUCUGCACUCUACCUUUGGAUAAUCUUAAUGGAUAUCAGUUGGAUAAUACAAUAUCUAGCUUUCUGGACCAUUCGAACAUUUAAUAAUAAACUUUAUUUUACUUAGUUGUAAUUCAUAGUUAACAGGAAUAAAUUGUAUCUCUGUUUUGUUUGCCAGUAUGUGGAACAUGUUGUAGAGCCCAGAUAUUACCUAACAGUGUGCGGUUAUUGCAGCCUGCAAUUGCAAUGUAAGCAAUUGCUGUGGUUUGUUUUUUUGUUUUCUUCUAAAUUGUACAUGCUGUCUUCACUGCACUUAUUUCUAUUGCAUAAUAAAAAAGGUCUUACGGUAACUUAAAUUUGAAACAAAUAUUUCGUUGCUGCGUUUUAGCCUUGUAGUGUUGAUUGCUGCAAGAGAUAAGUUUGGCUAGGAUCAAAACUUGGCACAUCCAGUAGUCCUUCAGGACUGGAACCUGAGAAUUAACAUCCUACAGAUGUAAGUGAACUGGGAACUUUCCACAUCCAGUAGACUUGACACAAACUCUCUACUAUUCUGAACUCAAUUCUGCAGCAGCCAGUUAACUCUCUCCCCCUUGACUGAUGACUGUCAUACCCGCUCCCCAGUCCAAUUCAACAAGCUGCUCACCGUCAGAGCCAAUCGCGCUCACUGCUUUUUUGUGUCAUUUGCAAUCAGAGUUCUGAUUUCUGGCACACUUGGCAGCGCUUAUAACAAAUAAGGGCAGGCUGUUCUUGUUUUUUGUAAUUAGAAACCAUGUGUUUAUAAAUGUUCUCUCUGAUUAAUGUUCCAAGAGGUAAUUGGUUAGCCUGGUAAAUACUGGAUUAAAUGCUACUUGAUUAGUUGCUCCUAAAAUAGCAUUACAUCUUUUAAUUCAUGAGAGGAUUCUAUCAUCAAAUUUCAUGGCUAUUAUAAUUUAAUCUUUUUUUUUCUUGUCACUUCUGAUUAAGUUUAUAAUUAAGAGCAAACAUACAACGCAAGAAACAUGCAUGUCAGACAGAUUAAUUGCUUUGACCACAAAUGUUGUUGUUUGAUUACAGUACUAUAAAGGUACUGCUUAAAUUAUUCCAUUUUAUUUUAUCCCUAUACUUUUUGGUUAUAUGAUGAAGAAAUGCACAACUCAUGCUGAAGGGAGCAAAUGUGUUUGUAAAAAUGAUUUUUGCCUUUCUUUUGUCUUUGAACUUAAAAUAAAUGCAAUAUUUGUUCAAAUAAAGUGAAGAGCAUUUGCUUGUAAAGGUUUUAAAA